CGUCGGAUUGCGGAGGCAACGGCCACUGCCAGCCCUGGCGCCACUCGUCAGAGAGCGGCGGGAAUGGCAUGCUGGUGAACGGCAAAGCUCGAAGAUGAGAGAAGCGCUCGUCCAGGCCAUGUCGGCUGGAGAGGGAGUGCUCAGGCGGUGUUGGGAGCGACGAGCUCAUGUCAUGGUCGGAGAAGAUGGCGACGUUGUCUUUUGAGGGCUCAUCAACGGGGGUGAGGGGCCAAACCGCACCCGAAGACGGGUUUGGGGCGUUGAAGAACCAUGUGAAGAUGUCGACUGACUCGGGGGAGUCAGUGUCAGACCCUGGACCAGACGCCCAGGUGAGCUCUGGAGCGACCUCCGGAGGGACGACACUGGGAAACUCGAUCCCGGUGCUGGUCUGCUGUUCACUGGCGACAGACGCGAGGUUGGGCAUGCCGUCCCCGCCGAGGGGGAUGUUAAAGCGCUCGGUACGGCCUGGAAAAUCGGUCUCGGACUUUGGCGUGAAUGAGAGAGGCCCUAGAGUCUCUGGAGUGGCGGCGAAAGCGGGAGCGAGGGGAAGAUCGAGAGAGGCACCGGCGCGUGCAGGUCCGUCGGCGGCAGCCUCGCGCGCCUCAUUGAGAACAAGACGAGGGGAGAGGGACGACAGAGGCGCAUUUGUGUCCAAGCGGGGUGAUGUCGAAUCUUCGCGGUCACUCAAGGCCGAGUCACCUUCGAGGUUGCGGAGGAGCUCGCUGCGGGACGCGAGGAGUCCCUCGUGGCGCCCGUCCAGGCGGCCAUUGAGGCGAGAGUCGAGGCGGCCAAGACGGUCGAGUCGGUGACGCUCGACGCUGUCGAGCCCGAAGCUAGAGUGCUGGGAGAUAUGGUUGGAUGAGGAUGGAAAAGAAUAUCCUCUGGAGAAGAUGGGCUGCUUGAAGGGGCGAGAACUUUCGUCGUCCGAAGCGGGCGAGUCGGCAGAUACAUUUGUAUUGCGUCGCUGGGGGCGACGGCGCUUGCGAGGGACGAGCGCAUCCUCCUCAGCGGUCGUGAGGGGAGCAGGUGCGUCACCAUCGCUGCCGCGACGGCUUUUGCAUGAUGUGGAAAGAUGCUUGCGAAGGACAUCGGGGCGAGCGAAUCCCUUGCCACAAGCUGGACACACCGAUCGGGGGCGAGUGUCUAGAGGUUAGCUAUUGUGAACGACAGAAUAUGUGGUCAAAACACAGGACGAGUCGACACGGGCGCAGACGGAAACAAGCAGAAG